AUACAUUUCUAAACACAAGAAGAGGCACAUUUAAAAUAAUGACAGUACCAUGGAAGCACCAUUGAUAACAUUGUCUCCUAUAAUCACACACAGUCAUCCACUAAGGGAAUCCAACGCUUCAGUUCUUUAGUUACAGAGAAUCCUGUUAUUGGAUUGACAAUACAUAGCCGUGGGCAGGGAUAUUAGAAUCAAGAAGUUAAACCUCACGACCAAGACCUAUUAAAUAGCCGGAGAUAAGGAAAUAACAGUGGCAAGGACAAAAGAAUGAAAGCAUGACAGGAAAUAACUAACGAAGUCGAGGAUGUCCAUCUAAGUGGCAUAUCUGUAAUCUUCAUCAGUAACUAUCCAACAUUAUGUUGACGAAUCUGUGUAUGGAGUCCAAUCAAAGGAGGGAGGAAUCCAGAAAGAGUCACGAGGGCUCGCCUGCACUUGGAAUGAACGGAAUCUCAAUGCCGCAGUAUCUUCUCAGGUGUAUAUGUAUGACAUCAGCUGAUCACGGUAACGAGAUUUACAAGAAGAAGGAAGAAAUGGGAAGUCCAGCAAAAGUUGUGCUCCUCGCUUGCGGGUCUUUUAAUCCCGUCACAAACAUGCACUUGAGAAUGUUUGAGCUUGCUCGAGACUCACUGCAACGUACAGGAAGAUAUCGGGUCGUCGGAGGCAUAAUAUCCCCUGUUAACGACAAAUAUGCAAAGAAGGACCUGGUCUCUGCUAAACAUAGAUGUUCAAUGGUUAGGACAGCUUUGAAAUCUUCAGAUUGGAUCAGAAUGGACCCUUGGGAGAGCGAACAGGAACAAUGGCAAGAAACAGCCAAAGUGUUAGAGCAUCAUCAACGGAACCUCGACAGUAUAUCAAAUGCAAAUUUCAGUUCCACGUCAUCAACACCGUCCAAGAAAAGAAAACUUGAUGAAUCUCCAACUUCAGAGCCUGCUAACUUCCCCCUUUCUCAGCGUCUCUUAGAUGUAAGCAACCAGAAUGACACAGAACCUAUCAGACUAAAGCUGCUAUGUGGGGCUGACCUGCUGGAAUCUUUUGCAGUCCCUAAUCUUUGGUCAGAUGAUGAUAUAGAAAAUAUAGUGAAGAACUAUGGCCUUGUGUGCAUCAGUAGGUCAGGUGCUAAUGCCCAGAAGUUUAUAUAUGAUUCUGAUGUUCUCACCAGACACCAGGAAAACAUACACUUAGUGACUGAGUGGAUACAAAAUGAGAUUAGUGCAACAAAAAUAAGACGUGCUCUGCGGCGUGGUGAGAGUGUGAAAUAUCUUCUACAAGACAGUGUUAUAGACUUCAUCCAUGAACACAACCUAUAUGGGAUUUACAACAAUAUUACAACAGGUACCAAAGGUGUUCCACAUAGACAGGAUCAAAUCGAUGGAGAUGCAGACACAACUACAAAUGAUAACGAGUGCAUAAAGAAGGCUGCCCACCCUCAGUACCUCUCGCCAGGACUUACCCCGGACCACAUGUCUGCGGCACAUAUGGAUAUCUCCCCAUCGGAUAAAUCAUCAGAUAAACACUCCCCUAACAGUAACACUACACAGUCCCCGGAAAGUAACACUACUCAUUCUCCAGAGAGUAACACCUCUCCAGAAAGUAAUGUCACUCGUUCACCGGAAAGUAAUGACACUCAUUCACCUGAACGCAACCAUGCCCAUUCUCCACAAAGUACCACACCUGAAAAGGAUAAUGAUAACAGAAACAAAGUACAUGAUAAACAUAUUGAAUCAAAAUAUUUCAGUCCUUCUCGUGCACCAAGAAAUGACAGUGGAUAUGGCAGCACAAACAUAUACACAGACACGCGAUCAUCAAAAUAUUCACAGAAUGUGUACAUAUGCGAAUCAGACAAUCAGACAAUGUAUGGGUACAAGCCACAAGAUGGGGUGUAUAAGUCUGGCGGAACUGUUGGUCGUAUAACAUACCUCCCUAGGGUGGAUGCUAUAUAUGAUGAUAGUAUGGAUUUUCCAGAGCCACCAGAUUAUGUGGCCUCCGACAAUGCUUCCUUAGAUACUGAUGCUGAAAGCCAAUCAUAUUCCGAGAAUUACCUUGAUGAGGUGUACCAUCCUCCUCGGCGAUCACCCAAUACAUUUAGCGGCAAGGCAGAGCUGCGUACUCGUAGCGUAGACAGAGAUACCUCAUACACAUAUAAGUUCAACAACAUGCGAUUUGACCCUCAAUGGGGCACCAACAAGAACACAGCAUCACUUCCAAGGAUAUGCCAUCAGAGAGGGCGCCAGGCUAGAUUUGAGACUAAAUAUUUAACACGAGAUAUGGACCAGCCCAAUUGUGGCUACUCAAGUGGUAGACCAAGGCAUCUAGAAGGGACAGUUGAACUAAAGGGCAAAGAGCUUAGAGAUCCCAGUUACAAUGAGGGGUUGGAAAAGAAGGCCCCUAAAGCUUGCAAUGAAGAUGUUAACUCUCUAGUUAGGAGGGUAAAAUGCAUGAGGGUUGCCAUGGCACCAGAAACAUGUGUUUAAUUAUGUAUAAUGUCUAUGUGUGAUGUCCACACGUGAUGAAACACAAUCAGAACUAUGUUCAUAUUAACAAACUAUGUUCGUAUUAACAAACUAUGUUCAUAUGAACAUAAUGAUAAUUGUGUUUUAAACUUCAAAAUAACACUCGAGAUGAAUGACAUAGACUAAAAGUCUGUGUGACAUAAACUGAAAUUUAAAAUGAUGACCAAAGUGGCAUAAACUUGGGUUUAAACUUAAAGCUAGUGUGAUAUAUACUUAGAUUUUAGUGGACAGCCUCUAGUGACAUAAACAGAGGCUUAAACUAAUGGCCUAGGUGACAUAAACUUAGGUUUAAACUAAAAGUUAGUGUGAUAUUUACAUAGACUUUAAUGGACAGCCUCACGCGACAUAAACUGAGGCUUAAAAUAACAGCCUAGGUGAGAUAAACUUUGUUUAGAAUUAACAUUCUAAUG